AUGUCACCCUCAAACACGUACAUCCGCUACAAGCGGGACCAGAAACUGCUUGUUUACUGGCUUAUACACGCGUCUAACGCCAUUAUCAAAUCAUUUCCCGCGGAGACAACAAUCCCACUAAACACUAGUGGUGAGAUCAAAAUCUCGACAUUGGUUUCUUUGUCCGAGGUUAUUUCGAAACGCAUCAGCCCUAUCCCCACCAGCAUCUACCGUCUAUUUCAGUCGGUCAUAGGGGCACGACGGCAAACGCACUUGUUCUUUAAGCAGCUUGCGGCCGAGGACCCUGAUCCGGAGAUCGAAGCAAGCAAUGUUUCGCACGAGUACUGGUUAAAUGGACUUGUUAAAGCUUUUGCUAUCCUCGGCGGAGAGACAUGGCUCUCAGAGCGGCAAAAUGCCCCAGAUGCUGCGGAUGAAGGGGAUGAGGACGAGAUAUUCUCUAAUAAGUUCGCGGGCCUUAAUCUAGACGGAGAGUAUGACGAGGAUGAGGAGGAAGAAACAAGCGAAACACCAGUCAAAAUGCCCCCGCGAGUGCAGAAAAAGGGGACGAAGAAGGGCAAGGGGAAGAAGGGCAAGAAGGCGAAAGGCAAAGGGAAGCGCGCUACCGAGGGAGCAGAGCCUGCCGACAUACCGCUGGAGAGCUAUUGCAUUAUUGAAGACCAGACAGGUCUUGUUACGGACUAUCUCCUGGCUGCUCAUUCGUUGAUGAUGGAGUGGUCCGAUUUACGAAGCUGCAUGCAAGAGGCCUGGCGCCGGGUAGCGUAUCUAGGUCUGCACAGUGCCAUUGCUGGUUCUUUUGGUCAUAUCGCGGUUGCUAUGCUCAGCAAGAGCCAGGUUGAAAUCAUGGCUGACUUUCCUGGGCACGAUUCCUUUGAGACUAUUAUGCGAACAAUCACAAGAGGAAAUCCUGACAAAGCGCAGGGUAUGCUUCGGAUGGUGGCUCCAGACAAAUCUUCCUCCGACAACAGCGCCGGGACUGUCCUGGGCGAAGAAGUGGAUGUAAGAGAGCAUAUGAUGAUACACGCCUAUGAAGACCUGGUGGAUUUCAUCGCCGAUUUUCAGAAAACACGGAGCGGGAAGCCGACCAAGUCUAUGCUGAAAACCUUGCACUGGGACCCGACUCUUGAUCUUAGUCAAGCCAGCAGCGACGUUCGUCUGAAGUGGCGUCGGGCUUACACGAUCAACUGGCUAUAUGAUCUUGUAAAUGUCUUCUCGUCGGAAGCGGUCGAGAGUCGAAAUCUCAAAGGCGAGCCUGCCGAUCUUGCGUCUGUCGACUGGUCUAUCCAUGGGCCCUGGGCUCGCUCCCAACGGAUGUUUGGUCUGGGGGAAUUUGCAGGCGAGGUCACGAAGCUUGCGAUGCAGAAACCUGGGACCGAUGUCCGGUCAAAGAUUCUUCCGCACCUGGUUUUCCAGCUUCAGUGCAUUGUCGAUUCCUUUUGUGUGGUGCGCGGAUGGAUAGGCGACACUAUAACAAGUCCCGCAGAUGAUUUCUGCGCUAGACGAGAUAUUGACCCAUUCCUGGAUCGCUCAUUGCAGGAUGACGGCGUGGGAUAUCUCAGAGGCUCGGAAUUCAUGUGGGCCGAGCUCAAAAUGGCCGCUAUAAGAAACCCUGAGCCCGAAUACAACGUAGUGGCUGAACUAGGUGCGCGUGUGGGCGGGGAUUUCAAGGACUGGCUAGGGGAGACUCUCUACAAGGAUGGCCUCGAGUCUAUCCCACCCUCGCGCUUUUCCAACUCAAACGCGAACGGACUCUGGGAAUACUCACCUUACUUGUGCGGUACCGGUCUGCUGGAGGCUUUAGAGAUUGCACACGGAGCGAGCAUGUUUAUGUGGGAUCGUGUAAGGGAGCCGUCCCUCAUCGUGCACUUGCACAAUAUGCUCGUUAAAAAGGGCUAUCUCGACCAGCCCGUCGACCUGAUCGAUGAAUUGACAAACACCUACCGCAACGAAUUCUUUUGCAAGGGAAAGAUCCCGGAGAGCCGGUUCUUCUCCGCCCUGUAUGCCGUUAUGCUAAGGGACGCAGGAGCGAAAGACUCCUCAAGCCAUGAAAUCAAAGUACAGCGCCUAAAGCGCAACGUCAACACUGUACACGAUUUCAUGGACGAACGCUUCAACAGCGUGUACAGGACAAAGUCGCUGGCAAGGCUGCUGCGCGAGGCUUACUGGGUUCCCGACCGAAUCUCGGACGACGAAAUCACCGUCCCCUCAUCGCUUGCGCUUCUGCGGCUCCGACGCACCAAACGAGUAAUAGACCCAGCAACCGGGGCAAAGACCCUGGCGGACACCGUUCUACUUCGACGAUACAGGGAAGCUGGAUGGAGCGAUGAAUUAAUAUCUUGGCUGGUCGGCGCCCUUGAUGACGCCCAACCGCUUGACGAACCACCGCAGCCAAACGGCCGUCUAUCCGCGCUGCCUCCGGGCUACGGCCAUAAGAUCCUGGCUGAUUCGAAAGCCAGUCUGCAUCUCGACAAGGGCAAUCUCAGCAACGAAGAGUUCUUCUUUAGGAUCCUGAAGACCGACAUGCGGAAUCAGAUCGUGUUAGGGCCAUGCCCUAUAUUGGGGCUCAGCUAUAUGUGGAUCACGCUAUACUGCUUUCACAUUUUCAGCCGUAUCGAGCAGAAACUGAAGGAGUUGAAGCAUCCGUACUAUGACAGGAUCUAUUGUGAUCCCGAAGAGAGCAAGAACAUGGGGCUGACGUUCACUGUUAUGGAGGAGGAGGAUGGAGCGUGUCUGCGUGUUAUUGCUGAAUGCUUGCGGGGAAACCCUGCAUGCGUCGGGGAUUAUUUCUACUGGCCUGAGGUGGGGUCUGGAAGUGUAUACUCCGAGGAGCCGGAGGAUGAGCUCGAAGACAAGCAUGAGCAUGAGCAUGAAAAUGGUGAUUAG